GCUAUGAUUCUAAGCCGAGAACCAGAAGUUUCAGUCUUUCACCGAGAGAGAGAGAGAGAGAGAGAGAGAGAGAGCGAAAAUGGGAGCGUGUGCUUCGAGGCCAAAGGAUUGUGUUGGUUUAUCGUCGAGGAACAAGAAGAAGAACAAUGGGAAGCCCAGAAUAAAGAGAAGAAGAGUGAUCAAAAGACGUGUUUCGUCUCGUAAUAUUGAAAAGGCUGAUUUUACUGCGCAAACAGAUCGUUCUUAUACUAAUCCUACUUUGCAAGGAAGCACUGAUGCUGCUGCCUUCUCUGAUGCUAUUUCAGUUGUUGAAUCUGAAUGGGAAGAUGAGUUCUACAGUGUUCAUGAUGAUGGGUUCUCUGUAAUUGGAUCGGAGAGUGUAUUGAGCGUUUCAUCGCCUAGAGAUUUUUUUAAUCCAAAGGAAAAUUUCGAGAACACAACACCAGGGACUGUCAUUGAGGGAAAUGCAGAGAAUGUUCAAUCAAAAGACAGGGAUUCUCACACCAAACCCAAUGGGGAUGUAAAGGGUAUUACAGGAGUUUCUAAUUGUGGUACUAGUGUCGGAGGGGAAGUAAUGCAGGAGGCAAAUCAUUGUGGGCUUAUUCCAAAUGCUUGCUUACCUUGUCUUGCUUCCUCCACAGUCCCUUCGAUUGACAAGAAAAAAUCACUAAGUCCAGGUCCAGGAACACCAACCUCCAGAAGAAAACCUUCUCUGAAACUUUCCUUUAAAUGGAGAGAAGGACAUGCAACUCCAACUCUAUUUUCACCCAAGGCACUUCUGCAAAGACCAGUGGCUGGUUCCUCAAUUCCUUGCUGCCCUAUAGACAAGAAGAUGCCUAAUUGUUGGUCACCUAUUGAGCCAAGUUCUUUCAAAGUAAGGGGACAGAACUAUUUGAGGGAUAAGAAGAAAGAGCGUGCUCCAAACUAUGCUGCAUUUUAUCCGUUUGGUGCUGACAUCUUCCUCUCUCAAAGGAAAAUUCAUCAUAUUGCUAGAUAUGUGGAACUUCCUACUAUCAGUGCAGCUGAUGAAGUCCCUUCUAUUCUAGUUGUAAAUAUUCAGAUACCCUUGUAUCCUGCAACAAUUUUUCAAAGUGAAAAUGAUGGAGAAGGAAUGAACUUGGUUAUGUAUUUUAAAGUGUCUGAAAAUUACUCGAAAGAGCUUCCCUCUCAUUUCCAAGAAAAUAUAAGCAGGUUAAUUAAUGAUGAAGUGGAGAGAGUAAGAGGUUUCCCAGUUGAUACAAUUGCACCGUUUAGGGAAAGAUUAAAAAUCUUGGGCCGAUUGGCAAAUGCAGAGGAUCUUCAAUUAAGUUCUGCUGAAAAGAAGCUUCUGAAUGCUUACAAUGAAAAACCUGUUCUAUCACGUCCUCAACAUGAAUUCUAUUUGGGAGAAAACUACUUUGAGAUUGAUUUGGAUAUGCAUAGAUUUAGCUACAUUUCUAGAAAAGGUUUUGAAGCAUUCCAUGACAGAUUGAAGUUUUGCAUCCUGGAUUUUGGCCUAACAAUUCAGGGAUGCAAGGCAGAGGACUUGCCCGAGCAUAUAUUAUGUUGCAUUCGUUUGAAUGGAAUUGACUACACUAAGUACCAACAAUUAGGGUGUUGAUAAGGCCUUUGUAACCUCAACACGUGCUUUUAUACUGUAAGGUUUUCUUUUUAUCAGCAAAACCUAUAUGAGACCCGAAUUCUUUUGGGGUCUUUGCCAGUUGAAAGCCAAAGCUUCUGGCGGCUAAUUUUGUAUUUGACUGUUGCCAUUAUUUUGUAUAUAGAUUUUAACUUGAGUGUAUAUGUGUGUUCAAGAGAAAAGGAAGUGAAAGGCGAGAAAUGUUUCUGUCAUUCCAAUUCAUGUUUUCUCUUGUGCUCCAAUAGAGUACUUUUUUCAUCAUUUUCCAAUAUAAUUUGAUGCAGAUUAUUUAAUUAUCC